AUGACGACCUUGUCUCCUAGUCGCAUUCGUGGCAAAAUGUCCGACGAAUGUCCGCCGAAGGUGAUGGACAAUCGACGGAAGUCGUCGUCGCACACUACCACUUUGACAAAGAACAACUGGGUUAAGGAAAUGCGCCCUAACAGUGUCCCGUACACGAAUUCGAGAUUCUAUCGGCAAGCAUGCGACAGCGAGCACGAAAUAAAAUAUCUGGGAACGAAGACAUCCGAGGAGUCUGUCGGCGACCUAGAGGACACCUACGUUAAUAAGAAUAACGUAUGAUUAAUAAACUAUCCGAACGAAUCUGUUUACGUCAGCGUUGCACCGAGAGCCGAUAACACUGCCGUACGUGAGAAAUACUCGCGUUUCUCCGACUACGCCGGCAUGUACUCGCCCGAAACGAUAUCCGCGGUGCAGAAGCUGCGAAAGCUGAAGGAGCUGCAGAUGAAACGGGACGUCAGCGACAGAUACUACACGCAGGAGAUGAAACGGCUGAUUACCGAUUAUUACGAUUCGAGGGCGAUGGCGCAACCUUUGAACCCUCGAGGGAAAUUACAAAGCGCCAGCUUCCAUCCGUUUUCUGGAAUCCGAAUGAAAAAUGUACAUAACCUGGAACCGUGCGGCACAAUGACGACAAUCACGAAGCUGAAUUGCGGUUGUAUUCAAGAGACGACGAGGCAAAUCUUCACGACGGCGAGGGGUCGCGUUCAACGACGGAAUUGCAGCCAAUCCCAGGACGAGGUCCUUUUGAACUCGACCUCGUUGAGCCCCCAGGAGCACAUCUUCUCGACGAUAGAGCCGCGGAAUGACCGGCCAAGGGUCAAGCGGGCUGUCGCGGACUCGCGAGCGUACUCUAAAAUUCCUUCGGGCGGCGAUCGCGUCUGCGAAACGGAAACGGAGAACGAGACGCGAAACGAGGCGGACGAGCAGAAAAUGGAACGCGUCGCUAGAACAGGCUCACCUUGUCGGAAAUUUAGCGACACCUCGGUUGGCUCUGUUUAA